UGGUUACAUACUGAACCCUUCCUGGAAAUGCAACCAAGUAAUUAUAUUUCUCAGCUUUCAAGUUUCUAUCUGUCUGUGGUGGAAACUCAGCUUUUCAGCUCUGAGAUGAGUGCCACAAAGACUAACCUACCUAUGCUCAAUACCACAGGCUGCCCACAGGAGGGAGAAAUGGAAAAAAUGCUCCAAGGAAAAUGUCUCAGAGUGGUCUCCCCUGAGUCUCCUGCUAAGCUUUACUGCUGCUAUGGAGUGAUCGUGGUCCUCACUGUAGCUGUAGUUGCUCUUUCUGUUGCUUUGUCAGUAAGAACUACAGAACAGACCUCAAUCAAAAAUAUCUAUGCUGCUUGUCCGACCAAAUGGAUUGGAUUUGGAAAUAAAUGUUUUUAUUUUUCUGAAGACCUAAGUAACUGGACAUCUAGCCAGACCUUCUGCAGGGAACAAGAGGCCCAACUAACUCAAUUUGACAACGUGGAGGAGCUAGAGUUCCUAAAGAGAUACAAGGGGAUUUUUGACUACUGGAUCGGCCUGCACAGAGAGUCCUCAGAGGGCCCUUGGAGGUGGACAGACAACACUGAGUAUAACAGCACGGUUCCCAUCAGGGGAGUAGAAAGAUAUGCCUACCUGAACAACAAUGGGAUCAGCACAGCCAGGAUCUAUGCAGAUCGCAGAUGGAUCUGUAGCAAGCUCAACAGCCAUAGCCUCCACUGCUAGAUUCCUUUUUCUUCUGUGCAGCUUUAACCAAGAGAUGCUUCUUAGUCUAUUAUCUAUGGGUGCUACUCUUUCCCCUACUGUCUCACAUUGCUAUCAAAACGGAUUAUGAAUAUUUCCUAACAUCACAAAUGAAAACCAUCUCAGAGAGCUGCACAUACAGGAGUUUACAAGAUCAUAGAUGAUUCUAAGAGAGAUGUUGGCACUCAUUCCUUAAGCCUCAAGUACAACUAACGUUAAUGACCCCCACUUUUAUAAUAUGAAGUUUUUGUGUAGAGAAGUCCUUCUUUUGAAUUUAUGAGACCACAAACAAUGAGUCCCCCAAUGUGCAUGUGAUCUUUAAAAAUGAAAGCAGAAUGGCUGGAGUGGUGACAUGCAUCUGUAAUCCCAGCUACUUAAGGGUUAAACCUGGAGGGUCACAGGUUCACGAGUGGGGACUGAAAGCAUGGAAAUGCCUUAAUAAUGAUAGGGAAGACGAGAAUCAGUCUGUAGCAUCCCAUGAUUUGGAGAAACAUAUCAUACAUGCUUUUCAAAAUUCAAACCAACAUACGGAACAAUUUAAAAAGUGUGUGAAAUUAAGAUUUACUUUACACUCUGCAAUUUGAAUCAUGAGGGAUUUUGGCCAAAUGUUUCUCUACUUUAGUUUUCAAUGUUCCUAUUUCCAAUUAUACUGUUCUAAGUAUACAUAUAAUUACUUAUUAUCCUGUUCUAAGUAUCAUGCAUUUUAUAAGCAAAUGGAUUUUAAUUUCACCAUUUUAUUGGAUUUAUUUUACAUCAAAUGUGAGUUAAACUCCUUAAGCAUUUAAUACUUAACUUUACACUAGCAUGUAUAUUAUUGGGUCUUUAAAAAUCUAUUUAAAAUCUAAUAGAGUUAGCUACCCCAUACCGAUGAGUCCCAAAAAGGAUGAAAUAACCAGCUAAAAAGCAUCUUCUGAUCUCUUCAUCCUUUCUUCUCCCUCUUGUUCUUUUUAAAGACUAUAUAUCAACUUGAUAUGCCAAAAGGGAGGUGUUUUGGGCUAUCCAGGACUUGCAGUUGUGGGAGAACUGGGUUCAGAUGGUGCCAUGUUGCCUUGAUUUCUGUUGGUAACAUUCCUAUGUUUGCCUUUUGCCAUCUGGUUAUCUCUGGUUUUAAUUGGCACUGCUGUCUCUGUCGGGUGCUUGUCCUUUCUGUGAGCCUGCAAGCCUGUCUUAGCACCCUUAGAUGUUUGGCUCUUUCCUGGCACAGAGUUCUGUUGUGCUGCCCAGAUCCUGGGUGUAGGAGGAGCCCAGUGGACCCAGCUGUUCUGCAGCAGCUCUUGGUCCUUGCCUCCUGGCUGAAUCUGCUGCUCAGUCACCUGACAGAAGCUGGAGGUAGUCUGACCUCUAAAGCAGGGAGUUAACUCAAUCACUGCCUGCAGAAUGGAACUCCCCUGGCAGGACUGGUGCACAGAGGACCUUGGAGACACCCAGGCCCUUGGUGCAGGUGGAGCCCAGAUGGACCCAGCUGUUCUGUAGCUCUUGGUCCCUGCCUCCUGGUUGUAUCUGCUUCUAGGUCAUCUGGUCACCAGAGAGAAGAUCAAGCAAAUUCUUUUAAAUAAACAGUACAUAUUUACAGUAGAA